UAAUGCUCGGUCAAUAAUGAACAAAGUUGAUGAACUUCGUAUGCUAAUUAAUGAUAAGCAACCUGAUGUUUGUUGCAUAUGUGAAUCCUGGAUAACAUCAGAUACCGCCACGGAGCGAUAUUCUAUCGAAGGCUAUAAUGUUUUUAAUUAUUGCAGGUCAAAUAGAAAAGGUGGAGGAAUACUAACUUAUGUUAAAGACAACAUUGCUGCAGAAAUCUUCUCGGAUAUUGUGGUCCCAGAUGAACUCGAGGCUCAGUGGCUAGUAUUGAAGCACCCAAGGCUCCCUCGGGUAGCACCAUAUAUUGUGUUAGGCAGUGUUUACCUGCCAUCUAGAACCGAAGCUGAAAAUGGUAAUGUAAUGUUAACCCAUCUACAUACAUGUGUUGAUCUAACUAGAGUUAAGAAACCACAAGCCGGAAUCUUUAUUUGCGGAGAUCUGAACCGACUUAACAUCAGUUCACUUUGUACAG